UUUCUCGACCAACUUCUGGAUAAGUUUGAUCUCCUGGGUAAUCUUAGGACGACAUACCGGUAUAUAUUUGGAGUCGAUCCCGGCAGCCCUUGAGCAUGAGUCUACGGAGUUUUAAAGAUCCUCAUAUUUAUGCCAAGUGCAUGCAAGCGCUGGUGACGAGCCCUGUCACAAUGCAGUUUUUUAACGCCAUGUGUAUUAUUAUUUUAUGAUAGGGGGGAAUGGUAGUUAACCGUACUUGUCCCGAGAUUUUGAAUCCUGCGAGCACGAUUACCUUGUUCAUUCCAUUACUCCGUCUCCGUCCUUUAGUUCGAACUCUAUACAACAUAUCUUCAGUCCCUCGUUCAUUCCCGAACUUUAACUCUACACGAGCAAUGAUGUCGACCUGUGGGCCAAAUCUCAGUCAAGCCAUGGCUUUCAAGCCAACUCCAAAUGAUUGAUACGUCCCCGAAAUCGCUAAUGGCUUCCAGGUUAAAUUCAAAUAACACAUGUCUUACUGGAGCUCUUCCUGCAGCUUUAACUAACAUCAAUUCUUGCAAUCUUGGUUUCUUGUGUAAGUUUCGACUCAGUGUAUUUUGAAUAUCCACUAUUCUAACUUUAUAGGUCCAAAUAAUACGGAUCAAGUUCCACCUCAAUAUUGUCCCCCUACGCCAGAAUGUGAGAUUAUCCGUCUGGAGACACUAUGGAAUACGUGUCAGCAAAGUCAAGGCUCCUACGUUCCAAUGAUAUGUGAGUCAGGAUAUUAUUGUCCUCACGGAAGUCGGAAGCAGAUUCUAUGCCCUUCGGGUCACUAUUGUCCCUUGGGAUCUUUCAAGCCUAUUCAGUGCGAUGCGAUAGCUUCAUGUCGGCCAGGAAGUUCCCGGCAAUUUCCAUUUCUUGGAAUCUUUCUGGUGAUUAUUAUUGAUAUUGUUCUGAUUGUUAUUGUUUCACUUGGCUCUUCUGUCCGGAAACACAAUCGUAGUCCCGUAGGACAGCAUUGGACACUUGCAAGCUCUGAAAAACUGGGAAUGAUGAUGGGGAAUACUGUAUAUGAGCAGCUCGAGGAAGUAGAAGCAAGAAAUACCAACGUCGAUUUCGAGCCCUAACAUCCAAGUAUCCAAAAUUUUGUUGGAUCUCUCAAACGAUGUCUUGGGACAAGUGCCUUACGUUUUGAAAUUGGCUUUGAUUAUUUAGGACUACGUUUGAAAAGUGGAAAGACAAUACUGCACGGUGUAUCUGGUAAAGUUGAACCAGGCUCGAUGUUGGCGGUAAUGGGUCCUUCAGGCGCUGGGAAGUGUUAGUUUGUUUCUUUUAGAGUUUCUAUCUCUAAAUACUGAUCUCUUCAGCAACUUUUGUUCAACUAUUGAUGGGGAAACUCAAAAACACCUCAGGAACAACUUAUGUGAAUGGAGAUGCUAGGGGUAUGUCCGGGUAUGUGUAUUACAUGUAAUACAUAGGAAACCAGGCUAAUUGCAUUAGGCUCAAGAAAAUCAUCAGUUACGUUCCACAAGAUGAUGUUGUCCUAUCAGAACUUAUGGUGAGAGAGAACAUUCUUCAUUCUGUAAGAAUACGCCUACCUUGGUCAUGGGUUGAGAAGGAGAUUGAAAGAUAUGUUGAUGAUUUAUUGUCUUGUCUCGGUCUCAGUCACAUUCAAAACAGCCUUGUGGGUGAUACAGUUAAGCCGGUAAUAUCAGGGGGUCAACGGAAGCGUGUAAGUAUUGGAAUUGAGCUUGCAGCGGCUCCGUUAGCCCUAGUACUUGACGAACCUACAUCUGGAUUAGACGCUACUUCCGCCUUGUCUAUUAUUGGCUUACUUAAAGCUCUAUGUAGACUUGGUAUUACUGUUAUAUGUAUUCUACAUCAACCUCGUGUAGAAAUCUUCCAGUCUUUGGAUAGACUUCUACUACUUGCUAACGGGCAGGAAAUAUACUUCGCUACUAACCUUGAGACAAGACGUGGCUCUCGGAAGCUUAUUUUCAUUGCCAUACGGCGCCCGUGAAAUAUCUUUAUGAUAUUGAUUCAGCUGCUGCGUGGACUGGAUAUACCCUUAACCAACUCGGACUCGAUAUCAGGUUGGGGUUCAGCUUCUUCUUUCCGUCACUUCUGAACUAUAGCUAAUACUUCACAGUAUGCUAUUGAUCAUCGGGACGUUUUAUCGUCUGCUGGCAUUCAUGGGUUUAGUAUAUACUAAUCGAGAUAAGCAAGUAUGAACAUUGCAAAGGUAGAUAGUUGGGGAAUUGGAAUUUUAUUAUAAAGCUAGUCCG